CACGCCAGAGGAAAGCUCAGCAGCGCUGCAGUGUCGUGGCGUGUGAUAUAGGCAUGCGGAUCUGGGCACUACCGAGCCUUCUGAUCUUCCUGCUCGCAGCGUCAACAUGCGUGGAGCGCAGCAAGGCGGUGGUGAUAGGGCUGGACUUCGGCGAGGAGUUCUUCAAGGUCGCUCUCGUCAAGCCUGGCAAGCCUUUCGAGAUCGUCCUGAAUGUCCACUCGAAGCGCAAGACGCCCACUGCAGUCUCUUUCCACGACAAGACCAGGGCAUUCGGCGACGACGCACUCGCACACACCACCAAGAGCCCGCACAAGGUCUUCACCUUCACCAAUGCCCUCCUCGGACAGAACAGCACUGAGCCGUCGGUUGGUCUGCCGGCCGCUUUCUACGCUUACAAGCUGGAAGUGGACGCCGAGAGGGGAUCUCCAAGGGUGACGCUCGACACCGACCGGUCCUUCUACUCAGAGGAGAUCAGCGCCGCUCUCCUGGGCUACGCCAAGAAGAUCGCAGAGACCUCCGCUGAGGGCAGCGUGAGGGACUGCGUCAUCACAGUGCCCUGCACCGCCACACAGCGACAGCGGCAGGCGCUCAUCGACGCGGCGACCAUCGCGGGGUUCAACGUGUUGGCUCUGGUGCACGAGAACACCGCUGCAGCCGUGCAUCAUGCGCUCGACGUGAAUGCGACCGAGGCCAAGAAGACGGUGCUGUUUUACAACAUGGGCAGCAAGUACACGGAGGUGUCGUUGGUGCACUACAGCGGGGCCAAGAGUGAGGAGCGCGGCAAGAAGAAGGACGUCCCGCACGUGCAGGUGCUCGGCUGCACCAUCGACCCUACCAUCGGCGGCCACUACGGCGACCUCGCCAUCGCUCAGAAAAUGGCCGACACGUUCAAGGAGAAACACAAGAACGACCUCUCGAGCCAGCCGAAGGUCCUGCGCAAACUCCUGAGGCAGGCUGUGCGGAGCAAGCACAUCCUCUCGGCCAACAGGAAGGCGGACUUCUACGUGGAGUCGCUGACCAACGACAUCGACUUUCGGUCGGCGCUGAAGCGCGAGGAGUUUGAGAAGAUGCUAGAGCCCAUGUUCAAGAGCAUCGAGAAGCCUGUCAAUGAGGUGCUGCAGCUGAGCAGCAGGGGCAACGUCACCUACAGCCUCAAAGACAUCGAUGUCGUCGAGCUCAUCGGCGGCGGCUGGCGCAUCCCCCGUGUGCAGGAGGAGCUGGAAAAGCUGUUCAAGCAGAAGGGGGGCGGCGACAAGGCCAUCGAGCUCGGCCAGCACCUCAACGGCGACGAGGCGAUGGCCAUGGGUGCCGCCUUCAUGGGCGCCAACUACUCCACCUCUUUCCGCGUCAAGAAGGUCCUGGUGACCGACAUCUCGCCCUACACAUACCGGCUGGACAUCACGCACCUCGACACGGCGAGCGAGCCCUACUUCAAGUCCAAGGACCUGAUUGCGGCGGGCGCCAAGCUGGGCGGCAAGAAGAACGUCAACCUCAACAUGACAGAGGACCUGCACCUCAAGCUCUAUGAGGACGACAACCUGCUGGCAUCAUACGACCUCGUGGGCGUCACUGAGGCAGCCAAGGGACAGUUCAAGAAUUUCACUGAGGUAAGCUCGGCUCACACACCCACACACACAGAGCAGCCAAUACCAACAGAGAGAGGCAACACUGUGUGUGUGUGUGUGUGUGUGCAGAGUGGCGGCAUUCCCCGUGUGAGCAUUAACUUCAAGGUCGAGUCGACGGGUCUCCUUUCCCUCGAGAAGGCUUCGGCCAUCUUCGAGCUGCCGCCAGAGGAGGACACCGAGGAGGCCGCAGACGACACUGCCGAGGGGGAGGGGGCAGAGGGUGCCGCUGCUGCGGAUGCCAACACGACAGAAGACGCAGCCACGUCGGGCAACGCCACCGACAAGGACACAGAGGAUGACAAGAAGAACGCCACGGACGAGUCGGCACAGAAGAAGGACGAUGCCGCCAAGAGGAAGAAGGAGAAGCUGCUGAAGCCCAAGAAGCCCCGCAAGUACACCAUCCCCCUCACCGUCACCACCACCCUCGCCAAACCCCUCCCGAUGACCGACCCCCAGAUCAGGGCCGCCAAGGACCGCCUCGCCGACAUGGACAAGAUCGACCACGAGGCGCAGGAGCUGGCCAAGGCCCGCAACACCCUGGAGGCCUACAUCUACAGCUCACGUGAGAAGCUGGAGGACAGUCUCAUCCAGAAGGUGUCUCUCGAGGACAGCAGGACGUCGCUGUCCAGCAAGCUGAUGGACUACGAGGAGUGGCUGUACGAGGACGGUUUCUCGGCUGAAAGGGCGGAGUUCACCAAGCGGCUGAAGGAGCUGCAGGACGAGAUGGAGCCCAUGGUUGAGAGGGCAAAUGAACACGAAAACAGACCGAAAGCCGUCGAGCUGGUCGCGCAGACACUCAACAUCACCAGGUCAGGACGCGAGGGAAACAGACAGGCAGGGAGGGGGGGAAAUGCACACAGUGGGGCGUUGCUGACCACCCUCCGUGUUGAUCCCUCCAUGUAUCCAUCAGGUUACAGGUUGACAAGAUCCACAAGGACAAGCCGUGGAUCAGCGUCAACAAGACCAACGAGCUGCUCAACGCCACCACCGACCUCAGCAGCUGGUUCGCAGACAAGCAGGACAAGCAGAAGGCCAUCCCCGACCACGAGGCGCCCGCCUUCACUUACGUCGAGGUCACGGCACGCGUCAUGAAGAUCCUCAACAAACUCGAGCAGAUCCAGCGCAUUCCCAAACCAAAGCCAAAACCGUCACCCCCGCCACCCAAGAACGACACCACUGCCAACGCGACCACAGCAGCCACGACGAACGCCACUGAGAGCACGACAGCAGCUGAGGAGGGUGUCGAUGAGCCGCUCAUUGAGACAGAGCCAGCGGCAGCAGCAGAGGAGGAGACCAAGGGAGAGGAGGCAGCCGCAGACGAGAACGGCAAUGGUGACAGUGGCAAUGGCAAUGGAGACGGGGAGGGGAAGGAAGAGGCCGUCAAGGAUGAGCUGUGAUGGGGCGGGCGGGGCUGAUCGAUGGUGUGGUGAGCGUGCUUGAUCGGGCAUGAUGCUGGUUGCGUCGGUUUUGGCCCUUUUGACCUUUUCCUGUCCCGAUCGCUGCCCCGUGCCUUCUUUGCCCAUGCGUGCCGUGUUCCUGCCUUCCUACCAGCCCUUCCACCCUCUCCCCAUCCCUUCCUCCCUCCAUGACCUGUAGUCGUCCUAUAUGAAUAUUCAGUAGCGCUCUAUCGUGUUUCUGUCGAUCAUCGCGCCGUCAGAUGCAGUGGGUGAGCGCUGCGGGCACACGGUGGGCAGACAGCCGCGGUCUCGCAUCAGAGACGCAACGCAUGGGCCGGGGCGACGACCGACAGAAACGAUGAGUGGCGUAGGUGCUUACUGUUUUCCCAUUGCGCUCUCGAGGUGAGGUCUGUCUGUGUGUGUGGUAAGGGUGUGUGCAUGUCUUCGUGCGUGGCUCCAGAGGAGGACACGCCGGGAUGACCAUGAACUACCAACUUACAGACAGGCCAGCCAGACAGUGAGGCGUGAUAGAUAGAGGGAGGGAGACUGCGAAUGAAGUGGCCUCUACUGCUGUGUGAGGGCCCUUCCUUCAAUCGUUUGCGUGUGUGUGUGGGUGAUGGCAUUCGUUCAUCCAUGGCUCUAAUUCAAUGGUUAUCGCAUCUCGUUCGUGCGUCCCUUCCGCCUUCCUGCCUGCCUGCGUGUGUACGUGUGCCAAUUGAUCUGUCGGCCAGACUGACGACUGCAUGCAUGCGAGUGUGUGAUCGGACUCGAUGGUUCCAUGCAUCCCUGCCAGUGAGUGACAGAAACGGGAGACUGUGCAGUGUGCGUGUGUCACAACCAUCUUUUCGUGUAUGAGAUGAAUCAAUGUCC